GCGCAGCAUAGCGAUCGGUGGUGCGCUGUGUCCCUCGGAUACAGUGGAUCACCGAUCAACGGAAAGAGCCAAAGAUGUCGGCUCGGUUAUGUGAUCAGCUGUGUCCAAUCACAGCUACAUGGCACUGAUGAUCAGUGUGCCCUGAUGAUCAGUGUAGCCCCAGCAGUGCCACCUGUCAGUGCCCAUCAAUGCCAGCUGUCAGUGCUCAUCAAUGCCACCUGCAAGUGCCCAUUAGUGCCACAUCAAUGCCACAUAUCAGUGCCUACCAGUGCACAUGAAUGCCACAUAUCAGUGCCCAUCUGAGCUGCCACUUAUCAGUGCCAUCUAUCAAUGCCAGUCAGUGCCACCUAUCAGUGCUGCCAAUCAGUGCCGCCUAUCAGUGCC